CGGUACUGUCUGAACGUGAAGCAGCCAGAGAGGUGAUUGGGCCAGUCUUGCGGAAGCGCGACAUGCUCUCAGGACGAAUGAGGAAAGGCUCGGGAAUGGAGCUGCAAGCGAGUAGAGAUGAUGUAGCUUCCUUUUCAUCUCGCGGACAUGGUGCUUCCGUGUCCAUCCUUGACCUGGAGAGGUAUCCACCUGCGAAGAGUGUUCGGCUGAUUGCUCAAAAGACCACAGCGCAGUUGCUUGUGGAGAGCAAAAUCAAUUUCCAACGCUUCGUCGCUGGGGAGAGCCUCGUGACCAUUGCGAGACGGAAAACCAAGAAAAAAAGACGAGGAAAAGUUGCAGCUUUGCUUGCUGCCGCAGAGAAACCAUGCUCGUGUUCAGUUUCAGGAUAUGGAAGCAAGAUUGAAGGCAGCAGUAGUACUAGCACAGGAGUAAUCAAUGCCAGUGGACGAGAUGGAGCUCCGACAUCUACACCUCCCACGGGUGCAGGCCUAACUUCGGUUGCCGCCUUCUUUCGGGCGAAACCGGGCAAGCCGCUUGUUGAUGCGUCGUCUAUGGAUGUAAACAAGAUGGGAAGUGGCAAUUCCUUGGACGAGAAGGCGGAGAUGAAAAACGCUAGCGAGGAGCUCAUCCCAGUCGAAAGUACCAACAAAAACGUGACAAGCUGUACUGCAGAACAAACCGAGGUCCAUAAUAUGGAAAACACUGCACUUGCUCCAACGCCAACUAGGAUAGGCAAGACACAAGAUGGAGGAGUAAGAAUAACAAAUCAGACACACGGAGAACAAACUUGUUCUACGACAAGGGAAAGCGGCGACAAGCAGUCUCCUGGCGAGCCGGGUGUCAGGGAGAACCUAGGGCGUGCCAGUAGUUCAAGUUCUAAUAGUGCUUCUAGUACUGUGGGUUCAGGAACUUCAACUUCAAGGAAGAAAGGCUUUCGAUCAAGAGACCACUCUAGUACUAAUACUGGUACGACGAGUAUUGAUACGCAUGUUGGAGGGCCGUUUGUUUGUGAUGCAGAUACAGUGCCAGCUCGUGAUAAGUCGGGUCGUGAGAACCACGCAGCUUUGCAACCAGUGGCGUCAAACACAAAGCUUAGUACCGCUCACCUUACGAGCACUACCCCUUCAACCCUCGGAGCAGCCUUUCUUAGAGGUAACCAAGAUCCGAGCGCGUCCUCGACCAUGUACGGCGCUGGUACUUACAAUUCGACGAGCACUGGAGUUUCACCAUUAUUUCCAAUCUCAAGCGGUACGCUCGGGGCAUCUACUCUGUGGCCAUUUGGUGGAACUCUGAGUACGUCGCCUGGCCUGCAGCACAAUUCUUUGUUCGCAGAUUCGCAACUACUAGGACAGCAGCACAUUGGAGCAGGUUCUUGGCCAAGCGCUGUCCUUGGUUCUGCUUGCAAUUCAUGUACUCCACCCUUGUUUGAUAUUUCUGCUACCGCUUUUGGUUGUGCGCUAGAAAUGACCUCUGCUAAUACUUCUGCCCCUGCUGCCACUGCUACUACUGCAGCUGCCACCUCAACUACCGCUGGGCAACAUCAAGCUGGAUCCUCGUACCUGCUUACUAUGCCAACUGCAGAGCAUGAGCAUGCUACUUCUGUACAACAUCAAGGGCUCUUCCCUAUCCAAUCUUCGAUGCCACCUUCAAUAGACACAUCUAGUACUUCACAACAAACUCUCUUUCCCAAUCUGAUGUUGAAUCCGAGUGCUGGCUCUUUUACAACCACUGCCACUGUUGUAGAGCAGAACAAGCCUCUUGUGACUAGUACAACCAGCACUGUUCAUCUUGUGCUGGACGACAAUGCUCAACAGUCUGAGACUCAUAUCUUCUCCUCGCCCGAGGGUGCUACCGAGGAGACGUCAACAAGCACCUCUCCUAGCACAGCAGCUGUAAUUAGGAAGUUUCUCUGCACUUUUAUCGUUGGCAUCGGGGCAAAGCCUCCAUUUAAGGGCUUCGAUAUUGCAUUCUUCACUACCAGGUGACGCGUUGUUCAGUAGGAACAAAGGGGUCGAGGAUGAUCUGAGGAAUGCAAUAUCGUAGCCUCUAAUCCAUUCAAUUGCGUUGAGCGCCUGUUGGAGACCGGAGCGAUGAGCCGCAUUUGCAACCAACUUCCCUAUGUGAAAAUAAGGCUGCGGGGCACUAAUGCAAGCGAAAACGCGUGGAUUACAGAUCCGCAAACCGGUACGCUGGUCCCCGAAGAUCCAGUGCAGAUAAACGUGUCUGUGUUGCAUUCAGAAGAAGGUGCCACUAUGUUGCAUACGCUCCACUUCAUUCCAAUCGAUCGAGGAAAGUGUCUCUAUUUUGUUCACCUAUAUUGCGUUCCCUUUUCGUCGUGACUUGUUUAGUCGCGAGAAUGGCUUUUUUUGGAAUGGCUUUUUUUGUUGCAGUCUUCACCUUCAAGCAUUUUCAGAACUACUUCCAUCUUCUUCUCUCAGCUUAUCUGCGGGUGAAGACACGCUUGUCGCUCAUGCUUUACGAACUUUACGACGAGUUUUACAAGUUCAGCGGCACGCGCGUUUCGUUGCGACUCCAAGAAAAUCCGAGGAACCCAGUUUGUGCAGUGAAUAGCGCUGUCAAGUGUCAGUAGUUGGAACUGCAAUGUUGCUGUCAAGCGUCAGUAGAACUAGCAGUCUACCAAUGGCGCUGUCAAGUGCCAGUACGUUUUUGCGUGGAUGGUGCGGCUUCCAAGAAUAGCAAGAGACUCAUUCAUACAGUGAUUCCAUGGCACCACAAGUGGAGUAAAUCUCUCCCAUGUAAUGCAUGAUCAAUUUGUGAUUCAACUGUUUCGUUGAGAAUAUCAUCCACAUGAACAUUGUCACAUGUAAAAAACUUCCUUGAGCGAGAAUCUGGAUGGCAAUCUCAGAGAAUAUAGGUACUCGUGGAGAUUGUAUCAAUAAUUUUGCACGAUCAGUGUGAAUCACAAAAAGCAUUGCAACAUGACCUUGUUAGCCACUGCUUGUGUCCGGG